GCGGUGCUUAUGGUGUUUGCCAGUCAACACUUCGCCUUGUUUUGACACCUGAUGCGGUGGGCAUUGUGCUGGAGCUUGCUUCAUAUAGCUUUCAGCAAGCAGUGGCAGCAUGCUUGGAGACAAGAAGGAAAGCAUUUGCCGGUGGAUCCUGCGAACGUGCAUCCAUCAAAGAAGAUGGCGCAUCGCAACAGUCGAACGGCAGGAGGUGGAACCAUCGGGCUACCUCUGGCAAUGGGCUGGGAUGCCUCCAGGUCCUGGGAUUCCUGCACGAGCCUCUCAGCAGUAGAUUACCAUCCUUAUUCCACAGGAAACUUUUGCAACAAUGGCGGCAAAGUCCCCUUCUUAGUGGAAGGUCUUUUUGAACCCGGAGAGUGUGUAUCGCGAUGCACGCGCGCUCACAACUGCGCCUUUGUCACGCUCUAUCGCAACGGCUGGUGCCAGUUAGGAUCUAAAUGCUUACAAGAAUCACCAGCUGGUGACAGCUCUGCCAUGACUUAUGCGAAGGUGGUGAAGUCAGUGUGCAAAGAUGAGGAAUGCUGGGGGGGUUGGGCCGACUGACUUCUACCUGAUGAACCGCAGGCAUUGCCAUUCAGAGCCUCUGGGAGUAAUCAACGCAGGGAAUUAUAUAAGCGCGUUUGGCUGACAAACGAUGAAUAUUGUAUUUUUUCACCGAUGCACACAGAGAAAGAGAGAGAGAGAGAGAGAAACAUUUCAAACAAUGUGUUAGAUAAUAAUCGAAAGUAGCCACAUAAAGCAAGUCAGGGGGUUACAAGUUGCAAGUCGGCAAUUGCUUUGCGCCGAGCAUCUAGAACUCUAUGGCUCUUGGACUGGACUAUGCAGGCGUUGGAAUGUUGCACGUGCGUUUCUUGAUAUAUUUUGCUAUAUGGCUAUAUGUCAUGAACCCGAUUGGGUUUCCAGAAUAACAUGUGCUCCUGCCAGCAGGGCAAUGAUCCGCAGCCAUAGAUGUUGGAAAACACGCAGUGAAAUGCAUUCCUAUGCCUGUCAGAGUCUAAUUUGACGGGUUUAGCAGCACUCAAGCUGCACCGCGUGCUUGGCUGAACUUUCAUGCGUGCUGUGGUGUAUUUCUUGAUAAGUUCAACUGCAGGGAACCUAUUGAACCCCCGCAAUUUUGUUUCGGCACUGGAAGCCUUUCUCGAUAAUUGGGUUGCCAAAGCUUGGCUUUUGCCCAUGCCUGGGACACAUCGUUUGCGAUUUUGCUGGGUUGCAGGGGGAAGUCUGGAAUGCUGAAGCUGCUGAAGCAUCUGGUCUGGGGAGCUCGUGCAACCUGCCCUGCAGACCUUUGCGGACAGAAGGAGGUUGAACGACAUUGGACAUGCUUUUAAAAUUUGGCGUUGGAAUGGUGAACCUAUCAUUUGUCAUUUGGAAGGCAGGCGGCUUGAAGAAUAGGGUACCAAUGCUUGGAAUCUGGCGUGUUUUUUGGCGGCAAUGAGUAGUUGAUUGAAGAGGGCAUCGAGGUUUGCUUUUAGGAUUUUAGGAAGCGCCUUGGUACAGCAACCGCCAGUGAUGCUGGCUUCGAAACCUCGCAUGGAACAGUCCAUUACUGCAGCGCCAAACCUAGUGCAAAAAAUAGAAGCAUGCGAACCGCUGCCGCUGCGAACUGCAAAGCUCUUGGCCGAAACCAACUUGCGCACAGGUUCCGCACCUUCAAGCCCUCAGCCCUUUCAUGCGUAGUGGGGUACCAGGGGCUUGUCCAUUUGUGUGAAGUCGCGCGUGCGCGGCCGCCGUGGGCCCUGUGUUUUAUAACGUUUUGUUUUCUAGCCUCAUAGGUUUUUAUUUCUCAAGUCGGUUGUUCUUUUUGUUGCUCGCGUUGAUCGUGCCAUGUGUUUUCAAUCAUGUUCAAACGUUCCCUUUGGCAAUGUGUCUUACCUUUCAGUUUGUUGGGAGGAUUGUCCUGCCUUAAACCAUGUUUCACUCCAAGAUUUCCUUAUACCAAGACACAGUUUUGACUAUAGAGGCGCAGGACCAUGAAGGCCAUUAACAAAGGAUGCCCCUUGGAAUGGCUAAGCAAUUGCUAAUACUGUAUAUAGUAUACUUAUUGAGCCUCCUAUAGUGGACGAGAGCUGCA